AUGAGCACAAAUCUAACAACACAAAAGAGGAAUCAAGUGGCACAAUUUAUCCUUGAAGGCAGCAAGGAUGGGAAGCCCAGUAAAGGCAGGUACAAGGAAGCACAAUUGAAGUUCAACAUCUCUCGAGCAACCGUCUUUCGACUAUGGGCUGCUGCAAAAAAACAACAAAAGAAUGGUGACGUAAUACAUCUUGUAAGUGGCAAAACAACUAGACUUCAUAGGAAGUACAUUGAACUUGAUCUUACCUUGCUUGUGAAUAUGGAAUGUACUAAGAGGGGAAGCAUUAGAAGGCUAGCACAAGGGUUAGGGGCUAGUAAAACCACUGUCGGGAGAUGGGUGAAAACUGGAAAAAUCAGAGCACAUACAAGUGCCAUCAAACCCGAUUUAACAGCCACAAAUAAACUUUUGAGGUUGAGAUUUUCACUCCAAUCCUUAGAAUUGGAUAGAAUACUCAACGUCAUAAAGUUCAAGGAUAUGCAUAACACCGUGCACAUUGAUGAGAAAUGGUUUUAUAUUACUAAGGGCACACAUCGGUACUACUUGGCUCCGGGAGAGCCCGAGCCAUAUAGAUCAUGCAAAAGUAAGAAAUUCAUUGGAAAGAUCAUGUUCAUAUGUGUUGUCACUAGACCAUUGAUUGCAGAAAAUUGUGAAGUUAUGUUUGAUGGAAAGAUAGGGAUCUUUCCAUUCAUAGAAAAGGUGCCAGCAAAGAGAAACAGUAGAAACAGAAAUGUAGGCACGUUGGAGACGAAGCCAAUAGAAUCAAUCACGAAGGAGGUGUAUAAAGCUUGGCUAAUCAAUGAGGUAGUACCAGCAGUAAUGAGCAAGUGGCCAGAGGGAGCAAGCAAACGAAUUGACAUUCAGCAGGACAAUGCAAGACCCCACAUUCUAGACAAUGAUCGGAUUUCAGGGCUGCCGCAAGAAGCACUAAGAAGGGCAGAUCGCUUGCCAGUUAACCUAGAAGUGCCAGUGGAGCUUAUUGAAGCAUGCAUAAAUCAUCUCCAUGAAAGGGGAAGCAGUGAUGGAAUGACAGAUAUAGUGCAGAAUCUGGGCCUAGACAUAAUCGAGAGUGCUUAG